AUGGCAGCCAACGGAACCGCCAACGGCCACACCAACGGUCAGGCCAAGGGCUCGUCCAAGUUCGACCCCAACUUCACACAGCAUGUCAUUGAUCUCAUGAGCCCCGAGACGGACCCCCGCCAGCGUGUCAUCCUCACCUCUCUGAUCCGCCACAUGCACGACUUUUGCCGCGAGGUCGAGCUGACGCAGGACGAGUGGCUCACGGGCGUCAACUACAUCAACUCGCUGGGCCAGGCCUACAAGAAGAACCGCAACGAGACGUGGCGCGUGUGCGACAUUCUGGGCAUCGAGUCGCUCGUCGACGAGAUCAACCACACCGUCGAGAUCCCCGACGGCAAGGCGCCCACGUCGUCGGCCAUCCUCGGGCCCUUUUGGUCGCCGGAAACGCCGUUCCGCGACCUCGGCGCCAGCGUCGUGCAGGACAUGCCGUCGGACGGCCAGCUGACGCACUUCCACGGCGUCAUCCGCGACGUCGACACGGGCGCCGGCAUCCCCAACGCCGUCUUCGACAUGUGGCAGGCGUCGACCAACGGCAAAUACGACGCGCACGACCCGGAGAACCAGUCGCGGCACAACCUGCGCGGCAAGUUCCGCACCGACGCCGCGGGCCGCUUCGACUUUUACUGCCUCAAGCCGACCGAGUACGCCAUCGACACGUCGGGCCCGUCGGCGACGCUGCUGCACAUGAUGGGCCGCCACCCCUACCGCCCCGCCCACAUCCACAUCAUGGUCACGCACGACGACUUCCUCGGCGUCACGGCCCAGCUGUACCCGCGCGACGACCCCUACCUGUCCACCGACACGGCGUGCGCCGUCAAGGACGACCUGCUGCUCGACUUUACGCCGCUGACGGGCGACAAGAACGGCGCCGUGCUCGACUGCGAGUACAACGUCACGCUGGCGUCGAAGAAGUACAAGCCCGAGAUGACCAUGCUCAUGGGCAACGCCAACCAGGACAACUUUUAG